AUGUGGAGGGCAGCACUAACUGAGCUAGUAGCAACAGCUUGUCUUCUCUUCACAUUAACAAUUUCCAUAAUUUCAUGCUUGGACUCACACGAGGCAGACCCCAAACUUCUAAUCCCAUUUACCAUUUUCAUAAUUGCCUUCUUCCUCCUCUUAACAACAAUCCCCUUAUCAGGAGGUCACAUGAGCCCGAUCUUCACCUUCAUCGCAGCCCUAAAAGGACUCACAACUCUUGUCCGAGCCUUGUUCUAUAUAUUAGCACAAUGUAUAGGCUCUGUAAUGGCAUAUAUGUUAAUAAAGAGUGUAAUGGACCACAGAAUAGCAGAAAAGUACUAUUUAGGUGGCUGCAUAAUCGAUGGAAAUGGGAAAGGGAUAGCACAAACAACUGCUCUGGUGUUGGAAUUUUGUUGCACUUUUGUGGUAUUAUUUGUGGGUGUAACGGUAGGAUUUGAUACAAGAAGGUUUAAGGAAUUAGGGUUAGUUAUGGUGUGUGUUAUAUUGGCAGCUUCAAUGGGACUUGCAGUUUUUGUGUCAAUUAGUGUAACUGGAAGGGCUGGUUAUGGUGGAGUUGGGUUGAACCCUGCUAGAUGUUUAGGACCAGCUUUGUUGCAUGGAGGUUCUUUGUGGGAUGGGCAUUGGGUUUUCUGGGUCGGUCCAUUUUUGGCUUGUAUUUUUUACCAUGCCUUUUCCUUUACCUUACCAAGACAAGAAAUGGAAAGUGUAGAUGAGAAUUAA